UUAUUUUGUAUUUUUCUGUAUUCUGUGUUUGUUCGUUUUGCUGUUUGGGUGAGUUUUUUCCUGUUGUGAAUUUUUGAGGUCGUGGUUUGAGUUGGGAGUCGUAAGCGUAACUCUUCUAAGUUAUAGGUGUCAUACUGAGAUUGUGAAUGAUCUUCUACAGUGUUUAAUUAGUUAUGUUUAAAGUAUUCAGGUGUUCUCAUGUUUGUCGUAAACUAAACUAAUCUAAACAGUUGACAUAAAAUCCAUACAAAUAUUACAUCUAUUGAAUCAUGAAAAAGAUGGAAGAUCAAAAAAAAAGCCGAUAUGGUCGUAUAUCAAAUAAAAGAAAAUUUAAUGAAGAGCUCGACUUGUCUUUGGGUGAGUCGUACCGAAAAAUAAAUUUUAUAUUGAACAAAAAAAGCAAUGGAAAAUCCUCUUCAAUAGCCUCGGUUAAUGACAUGAGUAAUGGCAAAAGGAAUGUAUUUAACGUUGGUGACAUGGUGUGGGCUAAGACAGGAAAAUAUCCAGUAUGGCCAGGAAUUGUAAUUACAGACCCAGAAACAAAUAAGUUUUCUAAAAAUGAGAAUAUGAUACCAAUGUUGCAUAUUUAUUAUUGCAAUGACGCUUAUAAAAGAAAUUGGAUUAAAAUGAAACAAAUUUCUAAAUUCACUGGUAAAGAAGAAAUAUUAACAGAAAUUCCCAAAAUAACUACUCAGAUUUCUCGCAGCAAAUUAAAAAUCAAAUGGAAUAAAGCGGUUGAUGAAGCUGAACAUUUAGCAGCAAUGAAUAAACACCAGCGCAUAAGUUCAUUUUUUGGUAACAACUUUUUAGGACCUAAUUCACCUUCGGAAAACAAGGCUGAUUCAUCCACUGAACAGAAAACUCCUAUCAAGCAGCUUGCUAUGAUCGAGGACAAUUAUAAUGGCGACCAACAAGUUGAUUUUAAUCACGAAGAGCAGGCAUUGGUGAAUAAUGAUUCAAAAGAUCACCCUCGUCAUUUAAUCCCCAAGCUAUGUCGACAAUUCUAUGCCAACGGCUGGGUCACUGGAACAGGUGGCGGCAUAAGCAUUAAAUACAAUGACCAAAUUUUUAUUGCACCAUCUGGUGUUCAAAAAGAAAAUAUUGAACCUGACGAUUUAUUUGUUCAAAAUCUGGAUGGUGAGGAUAUUAUAGUUCCGGAGCCUGAAAAAAAACUAUCAAAAAGCCAGUGCACUCCCAUAUUCAUGUGUGCAUAUACUGAGAGAAAUGCAGGAGCUGUGAUACAUGUACAUUCUAUGGAAGCAGUCAAAUUAUGUUUGUUAAAUCCCGAAAAUGAACUAAGGAUUACUGGCUUAGAAAUGAUAAAAGGAAUUUUCAAUGAAAAAACUGGAAAAUUCUAUGAUAAUGAUGAAGAACUUGUUAUACCAAUAAUCGAGAAUUCAAAAUAUGAGAAAGAUUUAGUUGAAACUUUUAAAUUAGCUUUGAGAAAAUACCCCAGCACUUCUGCAGUUUUGGUCCGCAACCAUGGAAUGUACGUUUGGGGUAGUUCAUGGAUUACAGCUAAAACACAGCUUGAGUGCUAUGAGUAUUUAUUCGGUGUAACAAUUUUCAAGAAGACAAACAAAGUUUAAUCAAAUUGUACAUGUAAACUUUAUCCUAUUGGAGAGCAAUUGGGAGUUAUCCAAAGGCUAUUGAGGAAGAACUCAACUUUUUAAUCAUUUUUAAACUAAAUCUGUUUGUUCAUUAUUUCGUAAUAUUAAAAGGUCUUCUCAUAAAAU